GUCUUAUAUCAUGGGCGACUCGUAUGAUGACGAUGUUGUAUCCCUGAGUUACUCGGGGGAUGAGAAUUUUGACUUUGAGGGUCCCAAACCGGCCAGCGGCCGCAACAGACAUGUGGAGACCGAGGUCAUUGUGAAUGACCCAGAUACCGGCCCCAGCAAACCCCUGGCGCGGGGUACGCGUACACAAACUAAAGCAGACAAGUUGACUGUCAAUAUUACUAAUAAAAAACGGGCUGGUGGUAAGCAGACGCAGUCUGCCGCUAAAAAGGCCAAGGGGAAUGAGCAAGUUAAGUUGGACUCAGUUCUGACGGCCAUUCAGAACCUUACCACCGUUAUUGCAGAUAACGAGAAAAGGCGAGACGUGGCUCCGCCAUUGACUUCCGGUUUCCUCGAGGAGGAAGGAGAAACGCCGGCAGCUCAGACGUUGUCUGGGGCUAACUUAUCACUAUUUGAUUCGGGGGACGAGGUCUCCGAGAUUGGCGAAGAACAAGACUUCGACUUCCAAUUAGCGGACAUUUAUGAUAAGCAUAAACUCGGACCGGCCAUUCAGUCUGAGAAGGUUGCCACGAGUGUCACCACGGCGGUGAGGCAAAGGCGGACGUGUCCGCUCUCACAGAGAAAUAUAAGAUUCCUUGAAACGUUGAAGCGUUUAUUCCACCGAAAACGAAUGGUGAGGUGUGGAAUUUCUUAGGUGGUCAGACGAGGACUAGGGAUGUUUCCCUACAGGAAAUUCAAAAACUACUUGGACAUGGUAUGGUGCCGAUUAUCCAACUAGUGGAGAGUUUGAGGUCGAAGACUUUUGAUACGGGGGCCGCUAGAGGCCUUCUCUCGGACUCGUUAAGCCUCAUGUGUAAUGUUUUCUAUGAGAUUUCGGUGCGCCGAAGACAUUUGAUGAGAACAAAUCUACCUCAGAAACAUCUACAGGCCCUGUGUAACAGUGACACGCCGUUUACAGCCGAGUUGUUUGGGGACAGCGUCGCAAAGAGAAUAAAAGAACUGGAUGAGUUGAACAAGUGUACUGCCAGAAGUAGAGGGCAAUAUCAGUAUGGACAGAAUAAUCGUUACAGGUCAAAAAACCAAUCAGGUUGGCAGGGCCAGUGGGGGCAGAACCGCCGGGGCCGAGGAUCCGGAGGGCCCAGGGGCCGGUCGAACAGAUUCCGUCGAGGCAGAAGGUCAGCCCACAUGAACAAUGCCAACCAGAACCAGCACAAGGCGUCUGGUCAGUAGAAGUAUCG